CGUUGCAAUACAAACCCUGUCGGAAACUCAAAUAGGACACCUUUCUUUUUUCUUUAAACCCAAACAUAUUUUCACUCCACUCUCUCUCUUCAAAAAAAAUCAAAAACCCCUCUUUCUCAAAAUCCCUAGAAACACAAUGGUUCCCGUAAACAAAAAUCUAAAUCAAAAUCAAUCGAAGAAAGAGACGAACCCUAAUCAACCGAGCACGAGUUCGGAUACAGAAGAUCGAAGUAACCCUAACCCUAAUAACAACCCAGCAGUGACAGUGGAAUCGACAUCAAGUGUAUCUCCAUUAGUGAUAGAAGGGGAUGAAGAAGAUACAAUCUUGAAGAAAUCAGAGUAUUUGACUAGAGAAGAAGUUAUUAGGAGGAGAUUAAGAAGGGUUAGACAAAUGGAGAAGCUUUAUAAAGAUCAUUAUUGGUCUUUAAUGGAAGAACUUAGGGUUAAAUAUAGAGAGUAUUAUUGGGAAUAUGGGAAGAGUCCUUUUAAGGAAGAAGAAACUAGAGAAAGGGGGGGAAAUCAUCAUAACAAUAACGGUAAUGGGGGUUUGGCAAAUGGUGGGGGUGUUGUUGUUGAAGGAAGUGGUGAUAAUCAUAAUAAUGUCAAUGGUGGUGUUGGUGGCGGCGGUGGUAGUGGUAGUGGUGGUGCUAAAUUAGGGCUAGUGAAUGGGGGAGAAGAUAAUAAUGAUGGGAAAUAUAAAAGAUGUGUUUUUGUUGGAUGUAAAUCUAAACCUAUGGCACUUGCUAACCAUUGUCAUCAACAUAUUAUUUUGGAUUCAAGACAGACACUCUACAAAACUUGCAAUUAUGUCACUAAAAGUGGAGGAAGUGCAGGAACUAAUCGUUGUGGGAAGACAAUACUGAGUUCUAAUCCGCCCCUUCUUUGUAGCCCUCACAUCCAAAAAGCUGAAAAACAUGUAACUCGAGCUCUUAGAGCGGCAGGCCUUACUAACAUUACCUCAAGUAGUAAGCUGGCUCCCAAACUUCAUAUUAUAGUUGCAGAAGCUGUUCGUCAAAUAAAUGCAAAGAGAAGAGAAAAAAGAGCUGCUAUGAACAAUGGCACAAUUGAGGAGGCAAACCAUGCUGUAGUCUCCUGAUAUUUUCAUCUGUGAGUUUGAUAUGCGACUUGGCGAGACCUCCCCAAGUUAACCUGUUCCAUUAUAUGUUGCUAUGGAAGUUUCUCCAUCUCUGUAAAAUAUUUGAAAUCAAUAACGAAGUUAGUUGUUCAAAUCAGGUAGAGAUAGAGAAAUCAUGUGUGUGAAUAUGUAUUUCAAUUUCAACAACAAAUUUAUUGAUUAUUGUUAUAGGGAGCGCUGAAAACAUUAGACGGAAAGCUGACUUGGUGGAAAUAUAAAAGUAUGGUUUUCAUUCCUU